CUUAGGUUGUUGAGCACACACAUAUGAUAUAUGAUACAACAACUUAACUUGAAAUAUUUUAUGCUUCCAGUGAUGAUGAUGAAUGGUGUAGUUUAUGCGGUGUUGAUGGUGCAAGUACUUGCAUGGACGAGCAGUGCAGUGGUGGUGCCAAGCGUGAAGUGCAUUGAGAGUGAAAGGCAAGCUCUGCUUUCUCUCAAACGUGGCUUUAAUGUGACCGAUGAUGAUGAUUGGCUGUCUUCAUGGGGAGAGGGGGAGCAGCAGAAGGAGUGUUGCAACUGGGAAGGCGUCAACUGCAGCAACAGCACAGGCCAUGUUGUCAUGCUUGAUCUUCAUGGUGAUUACACUGUUGGAUCCAUAAGCCCAUCACUGGGUGAGUUACAUCAUUUGAACUACUUGGACCUUAGCGGUAUUGAGUUUACUCUCACCACAUCUAUCCCUCCUUUCAUUGCCUCUUUAACCUUUUUGACACAUCUCAAUCUCUCUUUUUGUUUUUUCGGUGGAAACAUACCUCCUCAAUUGGGAAAUCUGCUCUUCCUCGAGUAUCUUGAUUUAGGAGGGAAUUGUUUUUAUCCUCCGCAACAAAUCCCUUCUCAGUUCUCAAAUCUCUCCCAUUUAGUGUACCUUGAUCUUAGUUCCAGUAAUUUGGUUGGAGGAUUCCCUCUUCAACUCACAAAUAUGUCAUCCUUGACAUAUUUGGAUCUUAGUUAUAAUAGACUUAAUGAAACAAUGCCACCCCAACUUGGAAAUCUCUCAUCCUUGGAACAUCUUGAUCUAAGUCACAAUGCAUUCACUGGAACCAUUCCUCAUCAUUUCAGAAAUCUUUCUUCUUUACAAUUUCUUGACCUCAGUCCCUAUAACAAUGAUAACGCGUUGUUGAGUUCUGAUUUACAAUGGUUAUCUCAGCUUUUCUCUUUGAGGCAUCUUUCGCUUUCUCUAGUUAACCUCAGUAGUGCAAGCAAUUGGCAACCCCUAGUGAGGGGCCUUUCUCAUCUUCAAUAUCUAAACUUGAAUGGUUGCAAUCUUGUUGAUUCCAUGUCCAUUUCAUCACUUGCAUCCCCUGCUAAUUUCUCCACUUCUCUCUCAUUUGUGUUUACCUCUCACAACUCUCUAAAGGACUCAUCCUUGAUAUUCCCAUGGUUAAUGAAUUCCACUAGUAGCCUUGUUAUUCUUAGAAUGAAUGAUAAUGGUUUAUCAGGAACCAUUCCAGAAACAUUCGGGAACUUGAGCUCUCUUAAGAAGUUAAAUCUUGCAAAUAAUGAGCUCAAAGGCCAAAUACCUCUAUCCUUGUUUCAUAGUUGUAAUUUGGCAAAACUAGACCUAUCCAAUAACAAGUUGACAGGAGAGUUUCAUGAAUAUAUUCGAGAGUAUUCUCGUUGUGCUCAUAAACCCUUACGAAUCUUGGAUCUGGGAUGGAAUGAAAUUACGGGGAUGGUGCCUGACCUCUCUCAGCUUCAAUCUUUGCAAGUGUUACGACUUGGUAACAACAGAUUAAAUGGAAGCAUACAUGAAGGUAUUGGACAAUUAUCCGACUUAACUGAGUUAAGCCUUGGAAAUAACUUGUUGAAAGGUUUGAUAACUGAAGCUCAUUUCUCAAGACUCUCCGAUCUUAACACUUUGGAUUUGUCUCAUAAUGCUUUGGUUUUUAAUGUCAGCGCUGAAUGGAAUCCCCCGUUCGAUUCCCAUUUCAUUAACUUGGCUUCUUGCAAUUUGGGGCCUAACUUUCCAUCAUGGCUUCACACCCAAAUGAAUAUUUAUCAAUUGGAUAUUUCACAAGCUCAAAUCUCUAGCUCAGUUCCUGAUUGGCAUUGGGAUCAAUUUUUCAAGAUAUGGAAUUUGAAUCUUUCUCACAACCAUAUUAGAGGAAAAAUUGAAGACCGAAUUGUGGACCCUCAUAGAGGACUAACUGAUAAUCUUGUAAUUGUUCAAACCAUUGAUUUGAGCUUCAAUUUAUUUGAAGGUCCAAUUCCAGCAUUCUUUUCAACUGCUGCACAACUUUUUCUGUCCAGCAACAGAUUUUCAAAUGCAAAUCCUCUUUUAUGUGCAAACUCGUCCAUAAACACAAAAUUUAUGGAUUUGUCAAACAACUACAUUAGAGGACAACUUCCAGAUUGUUGGAUGGGUUAUGAGUUCUUGGCCAUUCUAGAUUUGUCAGAUAAUCACUUUCAUGGAAAUAUGCCAAAGUCUCUGGGAUCGUUAAAACAUAUUGAGUCAAUACAUUUGGGGGGCAAUCAUUUUUCAGGAGAGAUACCAUCAUCCUUGCAUAAUUGCACAAAACUGCGAGUUUUUGAUGCUGCAGAUAAUCAGCUGUCUGGAAAAAUACCAAGCUGGAUUGGAGGUAAUAUUCAAAAGCUACUUGUACUUAACUUACAUUCCAAUAAGCUUCAUGGAAGCAUUCCAUUAAGCAUUUGCAAUCUUCAUGAACUCUUUGUCUUGGACCUCUCUCUAAAUAUUCUCUCUGGGAAUAUACCUCCAUGCAUAAGUAAUCUUUCUGCUAUGGCCACUCUAACAAGUUCAAGUGCAACCAUUACCCAUGGCUAUCUUGUUGUCGAUAUACACAACAGUAUUUUCGAGCGCAUUGGCAGGGACUUUCCAAAUUUCGGAGUUUAUAAUGAUAGUACAUCAGUCAUAUGGAAAGGAAAAAUGUCAACAUAUGAAAGAACCCUUGGAUUGUUGAGAGGUAUUGAUUUCUCCAGCAACAGGUUAACAGGGGAAAUACCAAGUGAGGUGAUGAGUCUUAUUGGCUUGGUUUCUUUAAAUCUAUCAAGAAACUUGUUUAGUGGACACAUUCCUCCAACUGUUGGACAUCUGAAAUCAAUAGAUUUUCUUGAUCUAUCCAGAAAUCAUUUGUCAGGAACAAUUCCUUCACAACUUGCUCAAAUAGACCGUCUCAGUGUUCUUGACUUGUCAUACAAUGAUUUAUCUGGAGAAAUCCCACUUGGCACACAACUCCAAACUAGGGAUGCCUCUGCUUAUGCAGGAAAUCCAAAGCUUUGUGGUGCUCCUCUCAACAAUACUUGUCCCAUACAUGGUCACCAGAUCAGUGAACAUGAUGCUGAUGGUGAUGAUGAACAAUUUGUAACCGAGGGAUUCUACAUUGCUAUGGCUGUUGGAUUUGUCAUGGCAUUUUGGGGAGUUUGCUUCUCAUUGAUUUUGAAGAAAUCUUGGAGAUAUGCUUAUUUCAAGUUAAUGAGUGAUGUCUAUGACAAGCUCUAUGUAUUUGUUGCAAUUAAGGUGGCCAAAUUAAAAAGGAUCAUAUCUCAAGUAUGAAGGCAAAAGAGUAUACAGUAUCUUGUGUUGAAAAGAGCUUUGCUUGUGAUAGCCAGAAUCUUCAUGCAUGUGUAUCCAUUUGGAAGGAGACCAAUAACAUUUAGUAGUGCAAUUACUGUUAUGUUUCCAUAUUUUAGUCAUGUUUAAGUUUUCUGCUGUAGAUGCAGGGUGGGUUGUGAAAGAGGUGCUUUUUCACAUUUCACCUAUAUUGCAAUGUGUUUAGUUUUUUUUUUUCUUUUUUUUUUGUCAGAACAGUGUGUUUGUUAUAUUGGUGUGGAACUUGGCCUUGGUUUAUUGCUGUAAUUUAUUUUCAAGGAUGAUAUAUCUUUCUAGGCCUUUGGGCUAAGAUCAA